CUAAUAUUAUUAUAUUAAAGGGUCUCCAACAACUGAAAUAAAACAGAAAACUAACUAACUUCCUCCAAGCUUUCAACAAGAAAGCAUGAGAAGGAGCCUUGUGUUUCAACAGCAAUACUAUGCUGAUGAUGGCAUGUGGAUGGAGACUCAGGCUCAGCAGCAUGGCUAUGCCUUCCACGAAGAGUCGUCUUGGAGCUCUGAUAAGCGAUUCCCAGCCAUGCACAUGAACAAUCUUGCUGCUUUUGCUGUGGACUCUGACCUUUCAACGUCAAAACAGCAUGCCAAGUUAGGAGCCAUGCACAUGAACAAGCUAGGUGCUUUUGGUACGGACUUUCAUAUCUUGAUGUCAAAACAGCAUGUCAAGUUUGGAGGAAGCUCCGGCAAUAUGUUUCAACAAGGCAUGCACAGUGACCAUGGCUAUGGGCGUGGUUAUGCGCAUCAUGGGAGCGGCAAAAGGUCCCCUUUUGGUGCUAAUAAGGCCUCUCACCAUUUUUCAAAGGGUGGUGGUGGUGGUGGCAAGUUCAAUUCUGGUGAGCACCAUGAGUAUUUCUCGGAGGAAACCGAGUACGAGGAGGCUUAUGCAGAGGAGCAUGUUGGUGCAAUCACAGCUAAGGUGGAAGAAAUGAGAUAUCAGCAUCAUAACUGGGCUGGGGAUACUUGUUAUGUCAAUCCCUAUGACAGGAACAAGAACUGGUAGACACCAAAGGGGGUCUAAUAUACAACCUACUUCAGUACUUCCUCUGCAUUUGCUUCUUGCUAUAUCACUACAAACUGUAAUAAAAUGUGUAUUUUUGUCGUUUUCUUUAUGGGAAUACGAUUCCCCUGUUUGUAUUUCGACCCUUGUCAUGCUUGAUAUGUCACUUGUAAUAUCUAAUUUUAACUUAUGAAGUUGUAAUA